AUGACGUUACCACCAGGGUAUGUUAAGGUUAAUAUUGAAGUUGCUAUUGUGCCAAAUGCUUCAUUGCCUAUAUCUGUUGAUGGUGGAGAUGUAUCCCUGGUUGGUCAUGCAAUAGGAACAAUUUUGCCUUGGCCAAUGAAACUUCUUGAAUUUGCUGCUGAAUGUAAAAAGAUUCCUGAUCAAUCCCAAAUCAAAGGUAAGAAUAUUCAACACACUGUUGAAUAUUCAGUUUCAUCACCUAACAAAAGCAACAAAAGGUUCAAAAUUGAAGAGUCUCCUAGAGUUGGCGGUUCAACUGGUCUUGCAAUUUUACCAUUCCUUGAUAUAUAUUUGUAUGACAAGUUUAUUAGUCCAAAUGGAUUAAUAAAUAAGUUCUCCUUCAUUUCCCCACAUGUAUCACGGGAGGAUAAUCUAGGAUAUGCUAUAGCAAAGAUACUCUUGAAAGAUGAGGAGUUCAAGGAUAAGAUGAUUCUUGCACCUUGCAAUCUAGGGAAACAUUGGGUGUUGCUUGUCAUCAAUCCCGAUACUGAGGUGAUAUAUUACAUGGAUCCGUUGAAUGGUGAGCUAACAAAACAUCAAAAUUUAAAAAUAAAGUUUGAGAAGUGA